UUCAAUUCCCUCGCAGUUUAGUUGCUGUCGCGCCGGCCCGUUUAAUCACUGUGUACAACGCUCACUGCGCAUACAGUACUCGAUGUUCACUGUUCGUUGUCGCUGGAACAGAAACACUUUUUGAAAAUCAUCUAGUUUGCCUUGCGUUCAUGUGUUCAAAUGUGAAAAAUUAUUAAAAAGUUUAUUAGAAUUUUAAUUAAAAAUUUCGUUUCACUUCAGUUUGUUUCGUUCACAAAAAUUUUCUCUCAAAACAAAAAAUAGCCAAAAAUAUAAAACUCGAUUUGGAAAUUGAAAAAACCCCGAUUAAAUAAAAUUCGUGAAAGCAAAAACCGAAUUCAAACCCGAAUUGCCAUUGCAAAGCAAAACAGGAAAACAAAAACAACGUACAGCGACACUUUUAUACGUUUCCAAAAGAAGUGAACGCUGUUUUUGCAAUUCAACACAGCCACGAGGCCAUUGGAGUCGCCAAGGAGCUAAAACAGAAAUAAUAGCAACGCCCGUGACAACAAAUACAACACACAUCAUACGGUAUCAUUACUGCUGAUUUUAUAGUCGCCAACCAUUCAAAUAUCAGCGAAUAUUUUGAGUAAUAAAUCGUGCAUUACGCCAACACUAAGGAAAGCGCACUGUGUAACCAUUUUCAACUCAAAAGAAGAACAGCAAGAGGGCACUAUAUCAGCUUCAGUUGCAAGCUUGAAAGUAGAAUUGAGCGAGUGAGCAGUACUGUCAGUGGGGUGCGUCUUUCGUCGGAUACGAUCUAUUCAAAUCACUGCUGCUUUUACGACUGCAGACACUAUUAGCAAAGCGAUCUGUACACUUUCGCUUUUCGACAUAGCCUAUAUAUUGAUAGCUGCUCCACCCCUCCGCAAAGUUAGCGCAGCGCUAUAGAUCAGAGUCUUUUUACUGUGCAUUUCAUUGUUUGAUUCGUAGCAUGAUGUUUCAGAGCGACUUCCAUAGAAAGAAAAAUUUCGCUAAUCCUAAUUUGUUCAAUAAUUCCACAACUGCGGAAAAGACUGCACCUCCUCAGCAACCAACACCUGCAAGUGGUCGUCCUGAUGCCAAAGAGGAAAACAAGGAACAGGAAGAAGUGCGUACAGAGCAUCUUUUCAAGCACCCAUUGCAGAAUACCUGGACUCUAUGGUACUUGGAGAACGACCGCUCCAAAUCAUGGGAAGACAUGCAAAACGAAAUAACCAGCUUUGACACAGUUGAAGACUUCUGGAGUCUCUACAAUCACAUCAAGCCCCCAUCUGAUAUCAAAUUGGGAAGUGAUUACUCGCUAUUCAAGAAAGGAAUCAGGCCAAUGUGGGAAGAUGCGGGCAAUAAACAAGGCGGUCGUUGGGUUAUUACGCUAAAUAAGAGUUCUAAGUCAGAUUUGGAUAAUUUGUGGCUUGAUGUUCUCCUUUGCUUAAUUGGUGAAGCGUUUGAUCAUUCAGAUGAGAUUUGUGGUGCUGUGGUCAACAUACGUGGAAAGAACAAUAAAAUUUCUAUUUGGACAGCUAAUGGCAAUAAUGAGGAAGCAGCACUAGAAAUCGGAAAUAAACUGAGAGAAGCCCUGCGUUUGGGUCGUCAAAAUUUGCAAUAUCAGCUGCACAAGGACACAAUGGUUAAACAGGGUUCGAGUGUAAAAUCGAUUUAUACUCUCUAAAAAGUGUAGAUUCGCGCUUGUGUAGAUUUAGCUAACCACACCUCGAUACAUUUACAUACACAAGCGCUGACAACAUCGAUUGAUCGAGUUAAGAAAUUUAUAUUGUACUAGGCCUACGUUUCUAAAAAGUGAAUUCAGAGAACCGAAGAACUACCAUAAAAAAUUACACUACUAAAACCAACCCACACAUUAAUCGUUGCAUAUGAGCGCCGCUAACGCCUACUUACCGGAUUUCAUGACUAUAGCAAUUCGAAUUUGUAGCCGUUCCGACGCCGUUAAGAAGAUGCAUUCAAUUGUAACUGAAUAUGCAAGAAAGGAGUAAAUGGAAUUAAAGCCGACACAUCAUAUAGCUAACAUCAAAAUAACACAUAUGCAACAUAAAUUAUACAAGAUAUCUUUGUUAAAUGAAGAUACAAAUUUGUUUGACUGUAGGAGAGAUCAAAGCAGAAAUAAAUACGUGACUGCACAUGACUGCUUGCUCCAGGCAAAUUAGUGACGAAACAAUGUAGACUACGUUAAUAGAAUUAGUUCGAAUUUAAAAAAUAAGAAGUGUUUAGAUUGCAAAGCAGGUCUUUCAGGUAAAUAUGCAUCAAACUUGAAACUUUAGAAAACGAAAACAUCUGUCGUCAUUAUUUACUGGAAGUGGCCAGGUUCGCAUACAAUUGUAGUCGUUAUCGAAUCCUAUGCGUGUUAUAAUGUAAACGAUAUGGAAUUAAACUAAUAAAUUUGAUAAAACAUA